GACGCAAGCAAAUAGAGUGCAACGCCCUCUGUCUUAAGAUCACACGAAGCAAAGGAUUUGUUCCUUCAGAAUCCUGUUCUUUCCCAGGGAGUCCGCCAUUGUUGGCGCACGUAUUAUUUUCUGAACAGGCUACGAUAAUCGGACAACAUCCAAAAUGGUGAACUUCACAGUAGACGAGAUCCGUGCGAUGAUGGACAAGAAGAAGAACAUCAGGAACAUGUCCGUCAUUGCCCACGUCGAUCAUGGAAAAUCAACACUGACUGACUCCCUCGUGUCCAAAGCCGGUAUUAUUGCUGGUGCCAAGGCUGGUGAGACGCGAUUCACUGAUACUCGCAAAGAUGAACAGGAACGUUGUAUCACGAUCAAAUCAACCGCAAUUUCUAUGUUCUUUGAACUGGACGAGAAGGAUAUGGCUUUCAUUACCAAUCCGGAUCAACGUGAUAAAGAGGAAAAGGGUUUCCUUAUUAAUCUUAUUGACUCACCUGGACACGUAGAUUUCUCCAGUGAAGUAACAGCGGCUCUUCGUGUCACUGAUGGAGCUCUCGUUGUCGUCGAUUGUGUUUCUGGUGUCUGUGUACAAACGGAAACUGUCUUGCGUCAAGCUAUUGCUGAACGUAUCAAGCCAGUUCUUUUCAUGAACAAAAUGGAUCGUGCUUUGCUUGAACUUCAGCUUGAAAGCGAAGAACUCUAUCAAACUUUCCAACGUAUUGUUGAGAAUGUUAACGUUAUUAUUGCCACCUAUUCCGAUGACAGCGGUCCAAUGGGUGAAGUUCAUGUCGAUCCAAGCAAAGGAUCCGUAGGUUUUGGAUCCGGUCUUCACGGCUGGGCUUUCACGUUAAAACAAUUCUCCGAAAUGUAUGCCGAGAAAUUCAAGAUCGACGUAGUCAAAUUAAUGAACAGACUUUGGGGAGAGUCGUUUUUCAAUCCGAAAACAAAGAAAUGGAUGAAGCAGAAAGAGCCUGACAACAAACGUUCAUUCUGCAUGUACGUUUUGGAUCCAAUCUAUAAGGUGUUCGAUUGUAUAAUGAAUUACAAGAAAGAGGAGACCAAGAGUUUACUCGAUAAAUUAGGCAUCACUUUGAAGAAAGAGGAUGAGGACAAGGAUGGCAAAUCCCUCUUGAAGGUUGUCAUGAGAAGUUGGCUCCCAGCUGGUGAGGCACUUCUUCAGAUGAUUGCCAUUCACUUACCAUCACCUGUGACUGCUCAAAAAUACAGAAUGGAAAUGUUGUACGAGGGUCCUCAUGAUGAUGAGGCCGCCGUUGCUAUCAAGAAUUGUGAUCCAAAUGGACCACUCAUGAUGUACAUCUCGAAAAUGGUACCGACAUCCGACAAAGGUCGUUUCUAUGCGUUCGGUCGUGUGUUCGCUGGAAAAGUAUCAACUGGCAUGAAGGCACGUAUCAUGGGACCCAAUUUCCAACCAGGAAAGAAGGAAGAUUUAUACGAGAAGGCCAUUCAGAGAACUAUCUUGAUGAUGGGUCGUUAUGUCGAAGCCAUUGAGGAUGUUCCAUCUGGUAACAUUUGCGGUCUCGUUGGUGUUGAUCAAUUCUUGGUGAAAACUGGAACCAUCACGACAUACAAGGAAGCGCACAAUAUGAAAGUCAUGAAAUUCUCCGUCUCACCUGUCGUUCGUGUUGCAGUUGAGCCCAAAAAUCCAGCUGAUUUACCCAAAUUAGUCGAAGGUUUGAAACGUUUGGCUAAAUCCGAUCCUAUGGUUCAAUGUAUAAUUGAAGAGUCGGGUGAGCACAUUAUUGCCGGUGCUGGAGAACUUCAUCUUGAAAUUUGCCUCAAGGAUCUUGAGGAAGAUCACGCAUGCAUUCCUAUCAAGAAAUCAGAUCCCGUCGUCUCAUACAGAGAAACAGUUUCGGAACGAUCCGAUCAAGUGUGCUUAUCAAAAUCACCAAACAAGCACAAUCGUCUCUUCAUGAGAGCGCAGCCAAUGCCUGACGGUCUUCCUGAGGACAUUGACAACGGAGAGGUCAAUCCAAGAGACGACUUCAAAGUGCGAGCUCGUUAUCUUAGCGAAAAAUACGACUACGAUGUUACAGAGGCCAGGAAAAUCUGGUGCUUCGGCCCCGAUGGAACUGGACCAAAUAUCCUUGUCGACUGCACAAAGGGAGUGCAAUAUCUUAAUGAAAUUAAGGAUUCAGUUGUAGCUGGAUUCCAAUGGGCAACGAAAGAGGGAGUUCUUUCUGAGGAAAAUUUGAGAGGAGUCCGAUUCGACAUCGAGGAUGUUACGUUGCAUGCUGACGCCAUUCACAGAGGAGGUGGUCAAAUCAUUCCUACAACGAGACGUUGCUUGUACGCUUGCCUUCUCACUGCAAAACCGAGACUUAUGGAGCCCGUUUACUUGUGUGAAAUUCAGUGCCCAGAAGUUGCUGUUGGUGGAAUUUAUGGAGUGUUGAAUCGCAGGAGAGGUCAUGUUUUCGAAGAACAACAAGUGGCUGGUACCCCUAUGUUUGUUGUUAGAGCUUAUCUUCCCGUUAAUGAGUCGUUUGGAUUCACUGCUGAUUUGCGUUCCAAUACUGGCGGUCAAGCUUUCCCACAAUGUGUAUUUGACCAUUGGCAAAUUCUUCCUGGAGAUCCAAUGGAAUCCACCACUCGACCAUACACAGUUGUUCAAGAAACUCGUAAGCGAAAGGGAUUAAAGGAAGGUCUCCCAGAUUUGUCAUCGUAUUUGGAUAAAUUGUAACUGACAUACUUUAUUUAAAUACUUAUUUUAUUUAAAUUUUGUAAUUGAAUCUAACGCUGCCUCUUAUAUAUAUAUAUACUGAAAUACAUUUAAAAGUAACGUAAUCGAUUUA